UACCCAAUACUGUAUAAUCUACAUUACAAAGCUUUAUGAAAGAAUGUGUCCUUAUUGCAGUGCUUUCUGCAUAGUGACCCAGGCUUAUGAAUAACUUCAGAACAAGCUCCGCUGUUAGGAAACAAAGAAACAGGAGGUUGGACUAGGUCAGGGAAGGGGAACUUGCUGCUCUCCAAACAUUUUUGGGCUCUAUCAGAUUCGGCCAACUGCCAGAGAUGGUGGACAGUCGUAGCCCAGCAAUUUCUGGGGGGCCACAGAUACCCCUUCACUAGAUUGGGGUUGUUGAUCAGUUGCCAUAAAGCUGUUGUUUGAUACAGUAUUUAUACUGCUGAACUCCCAGCUGAGGUUGCCACCUUUUCCUCUAAGCAAGCUCCGUAUUCUUAACAGCUAAAUGAUGGACAGAUUUUCCAAAUGGAAUAGCUUUGCCUAGUGUGGAGAUGAUAAUAAAAGGGAGAGGGAGGGUUGUGCUUGCUGAAUUUCUGCUUGCUGUGCAACUGUUUAUUCAUUUUAUCUACUAUUUAUAUCCUCCUCCUCUUGAGGAUAGCUUUCAGCGGAAUAAAGCAUUUGUCAGGAAAAGGUUGGCGGCUGUUCUUCCAAGGAUGAUGGGCAUAGAGCAACGAGAACCUAGGCGUCAGACUUUUAUUAAAGGUUCUAUAUAUACUAAUACUGGACUCCUUAUCCGAGUGUGGGUGUUUGUUUAGCAAAAAAGAUACCACCCAUGUGCCAGGAGGCUCUGAGAAACUCCAAGCAUUGAAUGAAAUACUAAGAAGUCUUUAGAAACAAAAACUGUUAAAGCGAGCAGGCGAGACGAAGAACAGCCUAAUAAGAACUGAGCAUUCUCGGUGACCGUACAGUGCUGCUAUUUUGUCACAAGGUGGGGGUUAAAAGUGUAAAGUGGGAAAGAGGGAAGGCAGAAUGGUGUAUCAUGGAAGGGAGGCAAUGGCUGGCUGCUUGGAACCCUGAAUCAGGCACAAUGUUUUGCUGCAGGUCCCACUUGUGAAAUAAUCUAAAGUAUGCUUCCAUUUCUUCAAAGAUUGGUUUUCUAGGCUGAAAAGAGUGACAAACAGUAUAAAGCUGUGUCUUUCUACAUUGCCAUUUCCUUCUUCAGUUAGAAACCAAUCUGUUUUUUUUUUAAAAUUAAGUCACAUGGUCACAUUCUCAUUAAAAUGCUAAGCAGAAAUAUUAUUUAAUCUCUGAGAGAUCCCUAUUUGCAAAGGGAUGGUUUGGUACCAAAAACAUUGUAUAAGAUAGUGGAUAUAUCAGCCUAGUGUGGUAUAUAAUUAUACCAAUAGAUAUCAGAGGUUAAUUAUUUCUUUAAACGCUUGACUGGAAGCCCUUCUCAUCUCAGCUGCCUGCCUGCGUUGGCAUUCAGUAAGGGGGAAAUACUCUCUGCAGUGCUCUGAGCACAGUUCUUUGAUUUGGUUUAAAGUCCUGCGUCACUUUUCCAAUAUCAUACUUGAGCUCCAAAGUGCACCAUAACAUUUUAAAAGUAAAAUAUGUCAAUCUAUAUCCACAUUGGCAUAAUAUCCAAACACAAUAGAUGAAAACUGCAAAACAAUAAACAGUUCAAUACACAAUAUAGUUCCAUAUGUUUCAGUUCCUCUGGGUGCUUUUAUUUAGAAGGUGGAGUAUAAAAUAAUUCAAAACUAAUGUAUCAGAAAAAAUACAUUUAUAUUAUUUGUAUUACAUUUAUAUCUCGCUUUUUCUACAAGGUGGACAAAGUGGUAUGCAGGAUUUUCCUCCAUUUUAUCCUCAAGACAAGGGCACCCAGCAAGCUACAUGGCUGAAUAGGGAUUUGUACCUUAGUCUCCCAGGUCCUAGCCCAACACACCAAUAAGUAAGCCUGACUGAUGACAGUGGUUUACAGCUGCGUAAACAUGCAUAGAAUUUCACUGCCUGCUGCUCCCUACUGGAAAUACAGUAAGAAAUCUAACAACACAAAACACUCUGGCCAAGCUAAGGAAGCCCUGAUGUCCUCUUUGUAGGUGGAUUUAACGCACAUCUUUUUUAACCGAGGGUCCUUUUGAGUCGCCUCUUGCAGCCCCCACCUAGAUUUGCUUCCUCGGUGAGCGCCAGGUUAGCCUUCCACAUGCUUCAAGCUGAUCAUUGACGCUGACAAGUUCUAAGGCUGACUCUUGAUCAAGACAAAUAGGCAGCUCGCCUGGUGCCGCAUUAGCGAGGCUUUGCUUGUCUCGUCCCCGACUGAGGAGCUGCUUUGCGUGUUCACGUCGCAGCUCGGGCCCUCUAGUACUCCCCACAACUCUUUCCAUAUGUCUUUUUGGCCAAAUAAGGGGCCCCUUCGUGCAUCGGAUGAAGGCAGCUGCAACUUGCAACCCAGGAAAGCAGAUGUGUUCCCCAAUAAACUUAACCCGUACCUUCUCUUCGCUCCUUCCUCACUUUCCCUGCGGACCUUUGCAUUUGGGGCGGUUCACUCGCCCGCUCCGUCUGCCCUCCCGCUUCCUCUCGGCCCCUCCUUCCUUGCAAGCUCCCCGCCCCACGCCCCUUCUCCCUGGGACUGGGCUGGAAGCGCGAGGCGAAUAGCAAAGUCCUUCCAGGCGUCAUGAUGGCCGCGAGGCCCCGUCGGUGGCUGCGCGCCGCUGCUGCUGCUCUCCUGAGGAUCCCGGGGGGCAGCAGAGGGUGCCACGUCGGGGCUGCAGGCUCCCUGAAGCGGGAGUACGACGCCGUCGUGAUAGGGGCAGGACACAAUGGACUGGUGGCUGCUGCCUACCUGCAGAAAGGUGGUUUGAAGACAGCUGUGCUGGAGAGAAGACACCUCGUGGGGGGUGCAGCAGUCACUGAGGAGAUUAUCCCAGGGUUUCGCUUCUCCAGAGCCUCCUACCUGCUCAGUCUGUUGAGACCCCAGAUUUACUCAGAGCUGGAGUUAAAGAGACAUGGUUUAAAAGUGCUUCCACGUGACCCUUAUUCCUACACACCGCUACUGGAGGAUGGUCGGGCCGGAAAAGCCCCCCGCUCACUGCUGCUGGGGAACAACAUGGCUGACACACAGAGCCAGAUUGCUCAGUUCUCUGUAAAGGAUGCCCAGGCCUUUCCCAAGUAUGAGGUGUUCAUGAACCGCUUGGUGUCAGCCAUAGACCCUCUUCUUGAUACCUGCCCUUUGGAUGUGGCUGGUUUCAGCCAGGGCUCCCUUCUUCAGAAGUUCAGAGCCUUACGAGGCCUACAGGCCCUGAUCCGUGCAGGCUUUACUCUGGGGAAACAGCUUCCGCAAUAUUAUCAGGUUCUGACGGCCCCCAUUUCCAAGAUCUUGGAUUUGUGGUUUGAGUCAGAGCCCCUGAAAGCAACACUGGCAACAGAUGCAGUGAUAGGUGCCAUGGCUGGUCCCCACACACCAGGCAGUGGGUAUGUGCUGCUGCACCAUGUGAUGGGUGAGCUGGAGGGGCGCCAGGGGGCCUGGGGCUACGUGGCUGGGGGCAUGGGAGCGCUUUCCCAGGCCCUGGCCAAUGCUGCAACUGCACUCGGGGCUCAGAUCUUCACGGACAAGACUGUUGCCCAGAUUCUUCUGAGCUCAGAUGGGAAGGUGCAAGGUGUUUGCCUCCAGGACGGAACAGAAGUGAAGAGCCGCCUUGUCCUGUCAAAUGCAUCUCCGCAGCUCACCUUUCUGGAAUUGACCCCUCAGGAGCAGCUGCCCCCAGAAUUUGUCCAGAGAAUCUCCCAGUUCGACUCACGCUCUCCAGUCACCAAGAUCAAUGUGGCUGUGGACCGGUUGCCUGAUUUCCGAGCGGCCCCCAAUGCCAGGGAUGGCUGCCCCUUGCCCCAUCACCAGUGCUCCAUCCACCUCAACUGUGAAGACAUGCAGCUCUUGCACCAGGCCUUUGAGGACGCCUGCCAGGGGAGACCGUCAAGCAGGCCCAUGAUUGAACUGUGCGUCCCGUCUGCCCUGGACCCCACACUGGCUCCACCGGGCUGCCACGUGGUCUCUCUCUUCACUCAGUACACCCCCUACACACUGUCCGGAGGGAAGCAAUGGGAUGACCGUGAGCGUGAGGACUAUGCUGACCGAGUCUUUGAUUGUGUUGAAGCCUACGCCCCUGGGUUCAAGGCCUCUGUCGUUGGCAGGGAUGUCCUGACACCUCCAGACCUUGAGCGGAUCUUUGGCCUACCUGGUGGGAACAUAUUCCAUGGAGCAAUGUCUCUGGACCAGCUGUAUUUUGCCCGGCCAGUGCCUUCCUAUUCCAGCUACCGAUCUCCAGUGGAAGGCCUCUACCUCUGUGGAAGUGGCGCUCAUCCUGGAGGAGGUGUCAUGGGAGCGGCAGGGCGCAAUGCGGCUAGAAUGGCUCUGGAGGAUUUUAAGAAGCCGUGACCUCCCCAGGAGGACCCUUGAGCUGCCCUGGCUCAGGAAAAGGGACUGAUGGGAAGACACUCUGCUGCAUUCUGUCUCUGGGCCCAGUGCUAGAGAGAGAUCUCUGGUCUUUUGCUCUGGGCAUUGCACAGCCAUGGAGGAGGAGGUGGCCACUGCUCUUGCAGAUAGAUGGACACAAGUGUGCCACAAGCGUGUUUGCAAAAUGCUCUUGCUACCACUACCGCUCCCAGCUAUAUAAAGCAGCUAAUGCGCUCCUCCUGAAUGCUCCCUUUGUACCCGAGGCUGCAGUUUCUUGCAAAGGCUCCGGUUUCUGCUUCCUUCUUUCUUGGGCUGGUUGGGAGAUGCAUCCUGUGGUUCCUGCUACAGGAAAAGGGGAAAAGUUUAGAGUCCUGGGUGAGGCUGGCUCCUGAGUAGAGACUGGGUAUUUUAGUAGAAUAGGGACCCACUGGGUUAAAAUGCCCUGCAGCACCAGCAUUUCUUCUGAAAGCCCAUCUAUGCUGCCCAACUUAGGAUAUAGGAGUUUGUCUUUGAGAGUCUGACCAUUGGGUCCAUCUAACUCAGGAGUGUCUGCACCGAUUGGCUAUAGCUCUCCAGGGUUUCAGGCAGGGGUGCUCUCCAUGCUCUACCUGGAGACGCCAGGGAUUGAUCCUGGAACCUUUUGCAUGCAGGCAGAUGUUCUGCCACUGAGCUUACAUCCCUUCCACCCCAACUUACAAGACAGCAUCUUAGCUUCUGUUCCUUAACGCACCAAAACACAGGCAUUCUGCAAACGUGGCUCCAAACACUGAACAAACUGUCCUGAGAAACAGCUUAAAAUUUACACAUCUCUGGAAGCUCAGUGUUUCAUGCCACCCCAAUCUCAGGGUUUGUGUUUUCUUUGGAAAUGAGGCACAGCAGAGACUGUGGUGUCUUUAUGAUAUAUGGUUUAUUUACACACAUAUACAACCUGAGCCUGCGAUAGAGGGGUUCACAGCAUCAACACCCCAAGAAGGUCUUGUUUUUUCCCUCAUAGCCACAGCCUUGGCAUCCAGCAGAAAUCAAUCAUUGCUCUGCUUCUCUCCCUUUCCAGCUUGCUGCUUUGUUUCUGGCUCACAUCACUACAACUCUCUGCCCUCCACUCUGCCUUUGUCCCCCUUAAGUACCCACGAGUUGGGGGAGGGGCACCACCCACUUGCCAUCUUGCACAGAACCCCUUUCCUUUGUUCCCCAUAAUGGCCCAUUGCCCAUGCUAUCGUCUCAACAGGAAGCUAGCCUGGCUUAUGUUUUAACACUUGCUGGGUCCAGGGGUUAGGAGUGUUCUAGCAUACAGCCUAUUCCCCACCCCCAAUUCAUAACACAAGAAGCAAGGCCAAGUUGUUACAGUGCUGCCUUAGCUAAGGGGCAAGGAGAGUCGGCUGCUAUCCGUGUCUGUUGACCUUGUGCUCCCUAUCCAAAGCCAGACAUGCCUGGCUGAGCCCCAGUCCAAAAGAGCCAUAUUUCUCACUAGCAAAGAGCAGCUGCUUGCAAACACCUCUCUGCAUUCGGACUGCAAAUCCAGCUUAGGAAGUGGCCGGUAGCCAGCUGUCCUCUCUGGUAAGAGCCACUGUUGGGUUUUGUGCCCGAGGCAGCCUGAUGAUCCCACGAAUCAGUUGCACUGGCUUUGGUCCAGUUCCACCCCAUUGAAAUCAAUGGGGAUAAAUCAGCUUAAAUCUAAAUACUCUGCUUUAAUUGGCGGAUGGAACUUAGCCAAAGUGUGUUGACACAAUAAGGAAAAAUCGAUAGGUAACUUUCCUCCCUAGCUAUGAUGGAUUGAUUACAUGUGAAGAAAUGAUUGUAAAAUCAUUGCCAACGGUACACUUAGAAAAUAUAUGUCCAAAGAUUAAAGAGGUUUUAAAAGACUGAGAAUCCAAUUUUCCUUUGUAAUAAUCUUUCUCACUUUUUGGGGGGGUGGGGGAACUCUGCCACUGACCUCUGGGAUGAGAAAGGCAGCCAGAAUGCAACAGCUUUGCCGGUGAGGUUGCCAGCAUUCACAAGGUGCCGUUUCCCCAGAUAUUCCUGCUGAGCACAAUAUCCAUUCAUUCCAAUGCGGCACAAAACUCAAUUGAAAUAAAUGGGUGUUGUGUGCAGCAGUUGACGGACUUUCCCAAGGAGAAAAGUCUAGUGCUGAUGGACGUCUUUGUGUUAUGUAAUGCUCUGCAACUGAUGCCAUUUAAGUUAAGCGUCUUACACAAAGAGGAUGUCAGAAAGUUGCUUUGAAAAAACGGAGAGCACAUUCUAUACAAUAAAUAAAUAAAUGCCAAGAGCUAUGAGCAGAGCUCUCUCCUCCAGCCCCCACCCCCGCCCCACAUGGGCUCCCUAAACAUUGUCAACUCUAGAAUAUGCUGGCUCAGUCAAAAUGCAACCCUCGAAGCUUCUCUUGCUGCACCACUGCCCUGCUGAUUCAUAAUCUGGCAUGUUCCCCCUUACAACCUCUCGAUUCCUUUCUUUUUAGUGUUUGCUUUUCCAGUGUAUGACAGUGACUGGAGUUAUAAGGGCAAGAGCAAUUAAUUUUGCCUAAUGGCAAAUUAUAAGCUGAUAAAUUCUCUGUGCCCUGGGCCUUGACUAUGUAAUGCUGCCCCAGCGUUGCCAUAUUUUGAAGAGAGAAAAAAAGAGGACACAUUUGCCGACUUCUACAUUUAACUAUGGAUCGCUUUGACGACUCUACCCAUGAAAAAAGAGGACGUGUCCUGGAAAAAGAGGACAUAUGGCUACCCUAGUGGAUGCUUCUGCAGACAGGACUUUCCCUCUCUGAUGAUAGCGACACAAAACCCACCUUAACUCCUUUGAACAUCCGCUCCAUGCCUGUUAGGCCAAUAACUGCCGCUAGGUGGAAGCAUUGCUCCUUUAGCAUAAUUUAGCAAUGUUUAACAAGUGCAAAGCCAAAUACAGCAGCGGUAACUACCUUGCUAAGGCAGUUCCAUACUUCUCAUUGUUUUAUGUCAUGCCGGCCUUGUGUACAGCUAUUUUAGCAUCACCAGCAGUAGCUGGCAAGCACUGCGCCCGCUGCAUCGAGGCUGACGGAAGGCCUUCCUGCUUGAGAUAUAGCGAAAUGUGGCAGGGGAUGAUGAACAGGGAGCAGGGCCCUGCUAGGAGCUGAGAAACAGGCAGGUCUCCCAUGGCCACUUAGAGCCACAACUCCCAAAAGCAGGAGCUGCUGAUCCUGGUUAGUGCCUCUGACACCUCAGGUUCCUUCAGUUGGUGGAGCAGGUCACCCGAGGUAAUAAGAAUACUAACCUCAGCGCUCCCAAGAAGUGGAAACCCUUCUUCACUCAAGGUGUCCCUGCUUUUCCGACACCAGAGAGCAGAUGCAUGCGUCAUGAUUUCCUGCAUGGACUGACGGCCCUUUGUGGACGUUGUCUUCCCAGUCAGCUUACCCAGGAGGAGGAGAGGGCGGAAAUGUCAUACUGUAUGCUGCAGUAUUCAGACACACCCAAAGCACUGAGGCUUCUUCUCUUGCUCAGCUGUCCAUGGCUCCCUGCCCCUCUGCCUCCUCCCUGGCCUCUGCUCACCCAUCCUUUAUUUGACUUUGGGUUAAGCAUCUCUGCAGUCCCAGGGAGAUGCCACUGCUCUUUUUGCUCUGCCAUUGGCUCACUCCCCACCCCCUGGCUGCCUCUGGGCCAAUGGGAUUGCUAGAAAGCACAGCUUCUGAAAUGUUUUUAACUCAACCCCUAAAGGAUGAAGUACCUUGCUCAGUUGUUCUAUACAUUUUAUAUUUGAAUUGUUCGCUAUGUGCGAUUGUUGAAACUGUUUUUCUAUGUGUAGUAGUUUUAUCAUAUGUUGACAGUAUUGUAACUCGUUCUCAGAUGCCUGAUAGGAAGAGAUUCAUAAAUGAGAAUAAUAAUACUGGAUACAUAAAUGAAAUGAUGAUGUUCUUGAGGAGCAUAGGAAGCUGUUGCGAUAGUUACGCUGUUUUAAAAAUACAGCAUUAAUAUCAGUUGAAGCAAUUUACAAUCAGAAGAAUGAGAAGGGUCCUAAGACGUCACCUAGAAGGAGAUUCCGACUAAACAUCAGGAAGAACUUUCUGACAGUAAGAGCUGUUUGACAGUGAAAUGGUUUCCCUCAGGAGGUUGUGGACUCUCCUUCCUUGCAGGUUUUUUUUUAUAGCAGAGGUUGGGUGUCUGUCAUGAAUGCUUUAGUUGAGAUUCCUGCAUUGCAGGGGGUUGGGCUAGAUGAUCUCUGGGGUACCUUCCAACGCUACAAUUCUAUGUACUUAUCUCAGCUGUAAAAAGCCAGGGUAAAGAAAUGCUCCUGUAGCAUAUGUUGAAAACUUUGCUAGGUGUACCUCUAUGUGGAGGGAAUAACAUAGUUUAGGGGCUGCUACAGAGAAUAAUCCCUCCCAUAUGGCCACCCCCCAAAAAAAAUUUCCACUAGCAACCCCCCUCCAAAAGAAGCAUUGUAUGAAGAACUUCAUAGACCUGGCUUGGCGCUGACUUCAGGCUUGGCACUCUGGGCAGGGUAUGGCUCAUAACACGGGCUUCCCUGAAAUACCCGACAACUUUAAAUGUUAAUCCAAACCAGGCUACAGGGUGCUUUCUGAAGAGGAGAUGGCAGCCUCCUAUCACACAGCCUCUUGCCCUGAGUCUCCCUCCUCGCUGCCAACUUCUCCUUGUCUGCCUUUGUGGAAAGAGGAGAAGCAGGGAGUGUUUGUGUGGCCUAAGGGUGUCCGCCCCAUCCCUGCCAGCUCUCGCCGUCAGCCCCCGCGGGGAAGCUGAAUGCUCUUCUAUCCGCUGGCUCGGCCUCCGAAACCUCUUCCUCCUGCUGACGCUUCUCCCAAUUGAACUCUGUGCCCUGCCUCCCACCGGCCCCUAAAUAAAACAUCCCUGGAACGAGGUGCUGCACCUGAGACGGCUAUAUAAAUAUUGACGGGAUGAGAAUAGCUCCAGGCGGAGCUGUUUUUAGUGCUGCCUCAACUGCUCCCUUGGCCUUAACCACAGAACCUCCCGGGCCAAGGGCCUGACACGUGCUGAGGCGGCAGCUGACAGGGAGGACCAGCUCGCCUCCUCCGCUCCGCCCUGUGCCACGUUGGACUGGCAGACGGGAGUGCCCAGCCCAGGCAGUCAAUGACACAACAGCUUCCCAGCCUUGAGCUGCGAUGGCAGAGGAGGAAGAGGAAACACAAGCAGGUGCAGGGGGAAAGGAGGCUCUUAUUCAGGCAUCCCCAAACUUCGGCCCUCCAGAUGUUUUGGACUACAAUUCCCAUCAUCCCUGACUACUGGUCCUCUUAGCUAGGGAUCAUGGGAGUUGUAGGCCAAAACAUCUGGAGGGCCGCAGUUUGGGGAAGCCUGCUCUUAUUGCCACAGGGGAAAGGCCUGCAAGGGAUCCAGGGGAGGAAACUCUGCAGCUUAGUAGGAAAUGGUGGGGUUUUUUAUUUUAUUCAUUAUGUAUACAGUCCUGGGUUUAAUUUCCCAUUGAAGAUAUCAAGUAUUGGGGCUGGGAGGGUAUUUUCCCCCCAAGAGACCCACAAAGAGAUGCAGCCAGUCAGCCCUGUGCUUGAUGGGUCUUUGGGAAAGUAAUAGGUAAACACAAGAGGGAUUAAUUCCUGCCUGCCCAAGGUGGGCCAUUUGACAAAUAUGGAUGAGGGUAAAGCAGGCGGCAUUCCUUUCUACUUUCCAGAUUCCCCAAUCAUUCGCCCUGCUUGGUGUACCAUGUCUGAAGUGAGCUGCGCUAAAUCAGUGGGGUGACAGGGUCCCAUUAGAAGCCAUGUGGGGCCCCGAGAUAUUUCCUUUGCACAUGCAUCUGCUCAGGCAGAUCUGGCUCUUGAUGGACGAGUCAGAAGGAAGCGGCCCAGCUGGACUGGGGUGGAGGAAAUGGAUCUAUGCUUCUCUGCAAUCCUUUGGAGAGUCUUCUGGAGCAAAGCAGAGCCAUUUUCAAACUGGCCAGCCUGCUAUAUUUGUGGACUAAGCUGUGAAUCAGCUUGUUUUCCUUUUCUUAUGCAGGUUGUAUAGGUUACACAUAUAUUUACUGAUGUAUUAACCACUUUCCAUUGAACAACGGGUUUCUUGCCUUGCUGUCUUAUUCGCUGACAGUGUUUGGUUUGCUUUGAAUCAUAACCAGCAUCCAUUCUGUUCUUGGCUAAACCACGCAGGUUUGUGGUUCCACCAGAUUCUCUGUCUCAGGUCCAAAUCAGAUGUGAUGUGAGCCGCCCGUUAUCAACCACCCAACACCCUUUUCGUGGGUUAAAAGCACCUGUGAGAGAAGCAGUCAUUUGAAAACAGGCCAUGAUGACACUUGAGGGGGGGGUUAACAUUUCCUCCCCACACCACAACCCCAGUCAAAAACCCCUUCCGUGCAAUUGCAGUUGGCUGUGAGCAGCAGGUGGGGGGCAGAAAAACUGAUAGCCAUAUAUUUCCUAUCUCUCCUUCUCCCACCCCCAUGGCUAACAGCAGGUUGGGGGGGGGGCUGAGAUCAGAGGUACUAUAUGGGGGGAAGUAGUUAAGCCCCUUCCCUUGCACCAUGGCUCUGCCACCCUUUCAGCUGUGUUUAAUAAAUGGGAUGCCUGAUCAAGAAUCUCCCAAAUCAUGUUUAAAUUGAUCCUCGGUGCAUGUAGGUUUGUGUAGUAUUUUUGUUGUAAUACUCUUGGAUGACAUUCGGCUAAGUUUUAGUCAGAGUAGACCUUUUGAAAUUAAUGGACAUAACUUAGUCGUCUUCAUAAUAUUCAGUUAAUGAUUGAAUAUGUCGAUUAAAGAUGACAUACUGCAAAAAAUUUUUUGAAAAAAUUAAUAUCAGUGAGUGGGUCUAUUCUGAGCAAAACACAGCAGAAAACCACCCAUUAUGUACUGUUUUUAUGUUGCAUGCUGCCUAGAGAUCUUUUAAAAACAUUAAGCUUGUGAGUUUAUAAAUGUUUUAAAUAAAUAAAACAACAGCAAAUCUAUUUUGCAUUAAAAAAGUGCUACCUUUUGACCUCAGUGUGUACCUCUGAAUUGCAUUACUGUGGCAAUGAGGCAUGCGUGUAAAGCUGGAGCAAAAAAAGAAAAGAAAAAAGGGGAAGUUAAUGCCUAUCUGCAUUCAUAAAUUUAUUAUACCUUCUUGUAACUCAGAGCAUGAGUAUCAGCCCAUAUUAUUCUGGCAUGUUCUUUUGUCUCUGAAACUAAUUUGAUGCAUAGCUAAGCUAGAAUGUGUUUUUAAUGCUUCCUUCAUCUUAUAUACAUGGUUUUAUGUUCUCUUCUGUUGUUCCUAAAUAACCAUUUUUGUUUCGUUUGUGUGAUUUGCCUUGGUUAUACAAA